AUGACUAUGCUUCUCGAUAGCGGUCCGCAGUUCGCGUCGCUAGGAGUGGGCGGCUUCGGGGCACCAAGGCACCCCGACAUCGGCAACAGGGACGCGAGCCUGGGACUCAACCCGUUCAGCGAGUCCUCGCACUCGGCGGCGUUCAAAAUCAGCCCCGUGGGCCACGACAUCGCCUCCGGUCAGACGUCCGCCUUCACCCCGCAAGCCGGCGGCUAUGCGGCGGCUCUGGGACACGCGCACGGCGGUCAGGUGGGCUCGUACGGCGGGGGGGCGUUCAAUUCCACGCGGGACUUUCUCUUCCGGAACCGAAGCGUGGGGGACUCCGGCGCUCCGAGCGCGCAGCACGGGCUCUUCGCCGCCUCGGCCGGGAGCCUCCACGGGCCACCGGGUAUCGCGGAAAACCCGGGCCAUCUUCUCUUUCCCGGACUCCACGAGCAGAGCGUGAGCCACCCGUCGCCCGGCGGCCACGUCGUCAACAGCCAAAUGCACCUGGGUUUGCGCGGGGACCUUUUUGGGCGGGCAGACCCGUACCGGCCGGUGGCCAGUCCGCGCACGGACCCGUACGGUGCGGCGGCGGCGGCGGCACAGCUGCACAACUACAACCACCCCAUCAACAUGAACAUGGGCAUGAACGUGCCCAGCCACCACGGCCCGGGGGCCUUCUUCCGCUACAUGCGGCAGCCCAUCAAGCAAGAACUGUCGUGCAAGUGGAUAGACGAGCACCAGAUGAACAGACCCAAAAAGACGUGCGACAGGACGUUCAGCACCAUGCACGAAAUGGUCACGCACGUAUCCAUGGAGCACGUCGGAGGACCCGAGCAGAGCAACCACAUCUGCUUCUGGGAGGACUGCCCUCGGGAGGGAAAGUCCUUUAAGGCCAAGUACAAACUCGUCAACCACAUCCGGGUGCACACGGGCGAGAAGCCCUUCCCCUGCCCCUUCCCGGGCUGCGGGAAAAUAUUCGCCCGCUCGGAGAACUUAAAAAUCCACAAAAGAACGCACACGGGUGAGAAGCCGUUCAAGUGUGAAUUCGACGGCUGCGACAGACGCUUUGCCAACAGCAGCGACCGGAAGAAGCACAUGCACGUGCACACGUCGGACAAGCCGUACAUCUGCAAAGUGUGCGACAAGUCCUACACGCACCCUAGCUCUCUCAGGAAACACAUGAAGGUCCACGAGUCCCAAGGGUCCGAAUCGUCCCCGGCAGCAAGUUCUGGAUACGAGUCGUCCACACCCCCGGUUCUGGGCUCGGCCUCCAACGAGGACCCGACAAAAACACCCCCGUCAGCCGUGCAAAACACGUCUGGACACAGCGAAGGGCUGGCGCCUAACUUUAACGAAUGGUACGUUUGA